AUGACGAUGGACUUAAACUUGAGCUCGGGCUUGAACUCAAACCCUCCUCUUCUUCGUGAUUAUGCACAACUUGUGUGCGACCAGUACACAAGUUUUGUCGAUGACAACAUUCAUCAAUGCGAUGAAAAAACCACAACCACGAUGAUGAUGGAGUAUGAACUUCCGGUUAUAGACUUGAGUGUGUUGAGGGACGACGAGGCGAGUGAUGAGAGCAAGCUCGAGUGCAUGGCGAAAAUUGCGAAAGCCUCGUCUGAAUGGGGAUUCUUCCAAGUUGUGAACCAUGGAGUGAGCCUGAAGUUACUGUCUAGGAUGAGGGAAGAGCAGUUGAAGCUGUUUCAGGCACCAUUUGAGAAGAAAGCUUUAUGUGGGCUGAUGAACAAUUCUUAUAGGUGGGGGAACCCGACAGCAACAUGCCCUAAUCAGUUCUCUUGGAAUGAGGCUUUCCAUAUUCCGCUGACAAAGAUUUCCGAGGAAACCUCGUUUGGAGAGUUCACCUCUUUAAGGGAAGUGAUGGUGGAAUAUGCAGCGGCAAUGCAAGAGGUAGCAAAAUUGCUUGCAGUAGUGCUGGUGAUGAACUUGGGACACCCGGAGGACACCUUGGAAGAAAUGUGCGGGGAGAACACGUGUUUUCUUAGGUUGAAUCGAUAUCCGGCUUGUCCCAUCUCGCAAGAAAUAUUCGGGUUAGUUCCACACACCGAUAGCGAUUUCCUCACCAUACUUCACCAGGAUGAAGUUGGAGGUCUUCAGCUUAUGAAGGAUUCCAAAUGGAUUUCUGUCAAACCUAACCAAAAUGCCCUCAUUGUCAACAUUGGAGACCUUUUUCAGGUAUAA